AUGUCUGAAGUGCGGAAACCUGUAACGAGCAGAACUGGAGUGGCUCCAAAGUUUGAAGACAGGUGUGUACAAACAGAGGCUACAUGUCAGGAAUUAGGGGCUGCAUCUCAGGCAAUAGGGGCUCCAAAAUGUGAGGACAGGUGUGUACAAACAGAGGCUACAUGUCAGGAAUUAGGGGCUACAUCUCAGGCAAUUGGGGCUCCAAAUUGUGAGGACAGGUGUGUACAAACAGAGGCUACAUGUCAGGAAUUAGGGGCUACAUCUCAGGCAAUAGGGGCUCCAAAUUGUGAGGACAGGUGUGUACAAACAGAGGCUACAUGUCAGGAAUUAGGGGCUACAUCUCAGGCAAUAGCAAGGCCAAUAUUUGAAGACAAAGAGGUCCAGACAGUAGAAGAGCCACGUGAGAGUCCAGUUCUGAAGGAGAGGGAUCUUCUGAGAGUGGCUAAGAGGUUAGGACGUGAUUGGUGGCAAAUAGUUAUUGUUUUAGAAGUUGAUACAACUAAACUGAAAUUGAUGAUGAGUCUAAUGUCACUGUAA